CACACACACACACACACACACACACACACGCACAGAGGGUGUGCCUGUAUGUUUAUGUGUACUUGUUCAGUGGGAAUAUGUCAGUACGCAUACCUAACCCACCAAGAAGCCAUUAGACAGCUGACACUGAGGCAUCUCUCUGCUCACAUACUUCACUGACUGAACACUCAGAAACACUGGUUGCAAUAAACCUUUUGCUAACUUGUUUUGUGCAAACGGAUUGAUAGAUAUUUGGAAUUUAAGCAAAGACAAGACACUUGUACACACAGAGAAAUACAAAGGUGCUAUGGAGAGAAUCAUGUUCUUCCUGUGUUCUCUGCUGUUGCCAUUGGCUGUUGCUGGAAGCCCUAACACUACAGCAGAUGGAAAAACAAAAGAAUUGGACCCUUUUAAUUAUGAUUACAGAAGUUUAAGGAUUGGAGGCCUGGCAUUUGCUGUUGUUCUGUUUGUCCUUGGGAUCUUGCUAAUCCUAAGCAGAAGAUGCAGAUGCACUUUCAAGGAAAAGCCCAGAGCACCUGGUGAUGAGGAAGCUCAAGCUGAAAAUUUGAUUGCAUCAAAUGCACAAAAUGCUCCUAAAGCAGAAAACUGAAUGGAACCUUCUGAGCACCUGACUAUUGAGCAACGUGGACAAAACCAAUAAUGGCCAUUAAUGCAAAUGAUGAAGACCGAAGGUAGCACCCUACUGCCAAAUUGAUGCUUAGAGGCUGGCUGUUCUAUCCUUUGUGCUCUUCAGUUUGACUCUGGUUCAAUUUCAUGACCAUACUCUGUCAAGCUGUAAUAUGUACAUGUCAGUGUGUAACGUUAAUCUCUUAUAAGUAGAUAUCGUUGGUGAUGACAGUGAGGGUGAUGAUGGUGACUGAUACUGAUAACGUAGAGGUAGUUAUCAUCCAUUCAUUUGCUUUUGUUGUUAGUUAACACAUUGUGCAUAUCUGUAUUUAAAGGGUAAUAUAUGUAUGUAUACACUUUAAAAUUGUUUUUUACUGCCGUUGCUGGUGUGGUUUCCUACUGCCAUCAGCAUUCUCUACAAAAAUGCAUUUUAAUCCCUCAAGCAUUUUUUUUUUGAAAAAUUAAAUGGUUAGAUGAGUCUAUGUCGAUCCCAUGAUGUUUUGGCAGAAAAGCAAAGCUGGGACUAUAAACUCAAAAAUGAAUAUGUCAAGCAUACAUUUCUGAAGACUGACAUCUGUGUAUUUUUUCAUGUUUUAUGAAUCAUUUUUUUAUUAAAAUGUUUAGCUAGGCUUUUGAAGUGUGAUAUUACGUCAUACAACUGGAAUCAUACCUUGUUUUUAAAAGGAAAUAUCAAGUUUUGUAAUACAAGCAGCAGUGAGUUGAUAGACACAUUUUAGAUGCUCUGCAGAUCAAGUUGAUAUGUAUAAUUUCAACAUCUUCUCUGUCAGUAAUCCCAGAUCCACACAGAGCUUUAUAAUUGUGAUGUUUAACAGUUGAGCUGCACUCAUAAUCUCAGUUUUUAGAAGAGAAAACUGAAGCUCUAGGCUAGGAGUUAUGGAAAUCACCUCUUAAUUAAAGCUGAGUUCAUUAAGAUUUAACAAACGAGUCAGGCAAGGUAUAUCCUUGUUCACCCUUACUGCCAACACUGCAUCAAUACUAACCCAUGUUGAGUAUUACAGAGAGCAUUUUAGAGACUUGAACAAGGAUAUGGGUGGUUAAUAAGAGAUACACAAUUAUAUAGUCCCUGUAAGCCAGUUAAUUAACAUAGAAUGCCCACUUAGAAACUAUCCAGCAAUUUUUUUUUCUGCAUAAAAUGGGAGAUCUGCUGUUAAAAAAUGAGGUUCUAUUUCCUCUGCCCUGCUAUACUGCAGCCAGAAUAUAGCCCAGUUCUUUUUCUUUUUGGCUGUCCCAUGUUAUGUUUCUUGUCUCUUCAAAAUCUUCCUGUCAGUAAAGUAGCUUUAGUCCAUGUGUGUGUGUGUGUGUUAAUGUGUGUGCAUAACAAUAACAUAAUCCAUGUGCAUAUUUACUGUAAUAAUAACAAUGCAAAUAAGAGUAAUAAUAGUAAAAACACAACCAUUCUUGUCUGUGUAGAGGUUUGUCAUGUCGUAUGUGUUAUCUCUACUCUGUGCAAUCAAUAAAAGACUUUAAACUGUGCUGCUGUAAUUGGAAAAAGCCACUGUAACUUUGUGUUGUGUGAAUUACUGUCAAGAAAUGAUAAAAUAAGUCUAUUAGUAUAUAAAUAAAUUACUUUAUAACCAA